UUAGGUAGAGGUUAUUCAUACAAAAGUUUUUGAGAUUUCGGUUAUUUUGUGAAAUUUUCCAUAAUUCAAACAAAAAUCCACAGUUGAUAAUACUCUUAGAAAGAAAUCCACCGUUGAUAAUUGAUUCUCUCUCAACUCUCAUUUUCAUUACCGCAACUCAUCGACGUUCUCAGAUGACCGGACCAGAAUCAUCCGAAGCUAAGGAAUUGGGUAUUUCCCUCACAUCGGCGGCAGAGAAGGAAGACGAAGACAUUACUGCCAUGUCUGAGAAUCAGGAACCACAAAAUCCGGCGGCUGCGGCCGGCAGUUCGUUUCCCGGCGUGCGAAUCGAAGCAGGGCCACCGCACGAGGCGUUAUUUCUUGUACUGAGUUAUCUUCCUCUAUUUGAGCUUCUUUCCAUGAGCUCAGUCUGUGUAUCGCUGAGAGACGCAGUGGAACAUGAUGUGUUGCCGUGGCUUCACAUCGUCGUUGAUCGGCGCUUGAGCUCCCGGCUAUCCGAUUACCGUCUGGGGAGAAUCGCCCGGAAGGCCGGUGGUCGCCUUAGAACUUUGGCUUUGAUCAAUUGUUUUAAGAUUUCAGAUUCUGGAUUUCACGAAGUUGUUGAGAAGAAUCCUCUUCUCACCAAGCUUUAUGUACCUGGAUGCACGAGUUUGACUCCAGGGGGAGUGGUUAGAGCAGUGAAGACUCUAUCUCAACAUUCCCACAAUUUGAAGAGCCUAAUGAUUGGUGGCAUUUACAACAUAGAGAAUGAACACCUUGAAGUCCUCAAAUGCCAUCUUCUUGAAAAUCGAUCGCUGCAGCAGCAGGAGGAGCGACAACAACAUCACCUGUAUCGUGAGCACAUUGACAGGUCGAAGUUAUUGAGCAACGAAUUCCAGCCAGUGAUUGAUGUACAAAUCUGCCCAAAAUGCUCUGAGAUAAGGAGUGUUUACGAUUGCUCGAGGGAGAGAUGCAAGAUAAAGCAAGAGAAGCAAUUGCUGGCAGAUUGCCGGGGUUGCAUUUCUUGCAUUCCAAGGUGUGAAGAAUGCGGUGGAUGCGUCGAUGAUGAUGAAAUAGAAGAGGCUGUAUGUGCAGGUAUCUUGUGUUCAAGUUGCUGGCUUCAACUUCCCAAAUGCAACCAUUGUAAUAGGCCAUAUUGCACACGACACUGUCAAAAUGUAAGUAGCUCUACUACUGGAUUUGUUUGUGAAAUUUGUCUUGAAACUCAAUAUGGUUGAGUUGACAUCUGAACUUGGAUUGAAACUAGAAGCCCUUGUUUGCACUUUUGUAUCUUGCAAACCAACGUUGCAAGGCAGGGAUGCAACAAGAUAUGCUUUGUUUGAAUAGAGAAAAUGUACAUCUUGCUGAAUGAAAGGAAAAUUGUUAACAUAUCAAA